GCGCUGCUUCCCCGCGGGCGAGGCGGCCGAGCAAGGCGCACGCUCUGCCGGAGCCCUCCUUCCCUGAGAGCCUGAGCAGCCGCCGCCGGGACUGAGGCCGCCGCCGCCGCGGUGGGGGGGAGGGAAGGCGAGCGAGUCGCCGAGGCAGGGCGCCGGUCGUCGUCGUCUUCGGAGCGAGAGCGGCAGCCCCUUCCCGCACCUCCCUCCACGGCUCCAGCCGCCCCCGGAGGCCGCUCGAUGUUGCACCUUCCGGAGCUGCAUGAGGGGCCGGUAGAGGACUGUGAAGAAGGAAACUUUAUAACCAGCAGCACUAGGAUGGAUUUUCCAUCCACCCAACCAAAGCCUCCUAACGACGGCAAAAUCAUCUUCUACCCUCCUGGAGUUAAGGAGAUCACAGAUAAAAUAACGAAUGAUGAAGUAGUCAAACGUUUGAAGAUGGUAGUGAAAACGUUUAUGGACAUGGACCAGGAUUCAGAAGAUGAGAAACAACAAUAUCUCCCGUUAGCCUUGCACCUUGCAUCAGAAUUCUUCCUCAGGAAUCCCAAUAAAGAUGUCCGUCUCCUUGUAGCAUGUUGCUUGGCUGAUAUCUUUCGAAUUUAUGCCCCAGAAGCACCAUAUACUUCCCAUGACAAACUCAAGGAUAUAUUCUUGUUUAUUACAAGACAGUUAAAAGGAUUGGAGGAUACAAAGAGCCCCCAAUUUAACAGAUACUUCUACUUACUAGAGAAUUUAGCUUGGGUUAAAUCUUACAACAUCUGCUUUGAGUUGGAAGAUUGCAAUGAAAUUUUUAUCCAGCUUUUUAGGACUCUCUUUUCAGUUAUCAACAAUAGCCACAACCAGAAAGUACAAAUGCACAUGCUAGAUUUGAUGAGUUCUAUCAUCAUGGAAGGAGAUGGAGUUACUCAAGAACUAUUGGACUCAAUUCUUAUCAACCUCAUCCCUGCCCACAAGAACCUUAAUAAACAGGCAUUUGAUCUUUCAAAAGUCCUGUUGAAAAGGACGGUCCAGACCAUUGAGCCAUGCAUUGCCAAUUUUUUUAACCAGGUCCUGGUACUAGGAAAGUCUUCUGUAAGUGACUUGUCAGAGCAUAUAUUUGAUCUAAUUCAGGAGCUUUUUGCUGUUGAUCCUAAUUUAUUGCUGUCCGUCAUGCCACAGCUUGAGUUCAAACUGAAGAGCAACGAUGGAGAGGAACGUUUAGCUGUUGUUCGCCUUUUAGCUAAGCUAUUUGGUUCUAAGGAUUCUGACCUUGCAACGCAGAACCGUCCCCUUUGGCAGUGCUUUCUUGGCCGAUUUAAUGAUAUCCAUGUUCCUGUGAGAUUAGAAAGCGUGAAAUUUGCAAGCCAUUGUUUAAUGAACCAUCCAGAUUUAGCAAAAGACCUCACUGAGUACUUAAAGGUUAGAUCACAUGAUCCGGAAGAAGCCAUUCGACAUGAUGUCAUUGUUACAAUAAUAACGGCUGGCAAGAGGGACCUCUCUUUAGUCAAUGACCAGUUACUUGGCUUUGUCAGAGAGAGAACACUGGACAAAAGGUGGCGAGUAAGAAAAGAAGCAAUGAUGGGUCUUGCCCAGCUAUACAAGAAAUACUGUCUUCAUGCCGAAGCUGGAAAAGAUGCAGCAGAGAAAGUGAGCUGGAUAAAGGAUAAACUUUUGCACAUAUAUUAUCAGAAUAGCAUCGAUGACAAAUUAUUGGUGGAGAAAAUCUUUGCUCAGUAUCUUGUUCCACAUAACUUGGAAACAGAAGAGCGGAUGAAGUGCUUAUAUUAUUUGUAUGCUAGCUUAGACCCAAAUGCUGUUAAGGCACUGAAUGAAAUGUGGAAAUGCCAGAACAUGCUUAGGAGUCACGUGCGGGAGUUACUAGAUUUGCACAAGCAACCCACUUCAGAAGCUAACAGUGCUGCUAUGUUUGGAAAGCUGAUGACCAUAGCAAAAAAUCUUCCUGAUCCUGGGAAGGCACAAGACUUUGUGAAAAAGUUCAAUCAGGUUCUUGGUGAUGAUGAGAAGCUUCGUUCUCAGCUUGAACUAUUAAUCAGUCCUACCUGCUCCUGUAAGCAAGCAGAUGUCUGUGUGAGGGAGAUUGCACGGAAACUUGCUAAUCCUAAACAGCCAACCAAUCCUUUCCUGGAGAUGGUAAAAUUUCUUUUGGAAAGAAUUGCUCCUGUACACAUUGACUCAGAAGCCAUCAGUGCAUUAGUAAAGCUGAUGAAUAAAUCAAUAGAAGGGACAGUGGAUGAUGAAGAGGAGGGUGUAAGCCCCGAUACAGCUAUUCGUUCAGGGCUUGAACUUCUCAAGGUUCUGUCUUUCACGCAUCCUACCUCGUUCCACUCUGCAGAGACGUAUGAAUCUCUUCUGCAGUGCCUCAGGAUGGAAGAUGAUAAAGUAGCAGAGGCAGCCAUUCAGAUAUUCAGAAACACUGGGCACAAAAUAGAAACUGAUCUGCCCCAGAUAAGAUCAACCCUUAUUCCUAUUUUGCAUCAGAAAGCAAAGAGAGGAACACCUCACCAAGCAAAGCAAGCUGUCCACUGUAUACAUGCCAUAUUUUCAAAUAAAGAAGUCCAGCUUGCACAGAUUUUUGAGCCUCUAAGUAGAAGUUUGAAUGCUGAUGUUCCAGAGCAACUUAUAACACCAUUAGUUUCUUUGGGUCACAUUUCCAUGUUGGCACCAGACCAGUUUGCAUCACCAAUGAAAUCCGUAGUUGCAAAUUUCAUUGUAAAAGAUCUCCUGAUGAAUGACAGGUCUACAGGUGAGAAAAAUGGGAAAUUGUGGUCCCCGGAUGAAGAGGUUUCUCCAGAAGUUCUAGCAAAGGUUCAAGCAAUUAAACUUCUAGUACGUUGGCUUUUGGGUAUGAAAAAUAACCAGUCAAAAUCUGCAAAUUCAACACUCCGGUUACUAUCAGCUAUGUUGGUCAGUGAAGGAGACUUGACAGAACAGAAGAGAAUUAGCAAAUCUGAUAUGUCCCGUCUACGUCUGGCUGCUGGCAGUGCCAUAAUGAAGCUUGCACAGGAGCCCUGUUAUCACGAAAUUAUUACCCCAGAGCAAUUCCAACUCUGUGCAUUAGUCAUUAACGAUGAAUGUUACCAGGUGAGGCAGAUAUUUGCUCAGAAGCUGCAUAAAGCACUGGUAAAAUUACUGCUCCCAUUGGAGUACAUGGCAAUAUUUGCAUUGUGUGCCAAAGACCCCGUAAAAGAAAGGAGAGCACAUGCAAGACAGUGCUUGCUUAAAAAUAUAAGUAUACGGCGAGAGUACAUUAAACAGAAUCCCAUGGCCAAUGAAAAGCUGCUAUCCCUGCUGCCUGAAUAUGUGGUACCAUACAUGAUUCACCUGCUGGCACAUGAUCCAGAUUUUACAAAACCUCAAGAUGUUGAUCAGCUUCGUGAUAUCAAAGAGUGCCUUUGGUUCAUGCUGGAAGUCUUAAUGACAAAAAACGAAAACAACAGUCAUGCCUUCAUGAAAAAGAUGACAGAAAGUAUCAGACUUACGCGGGAUGGACAGUCUCCAGAUGAGCCAAAAGCCAAUGAAAAACUCUAUACUGUAUGUGAUGUGGCCCUGUGUGUAAUCAACAGCAAAAGUGCUUUAUGUAAUGCAGAGUCUCCAAAGGAUCCUGUAUUGCCAACCAAAUUUUUUACACAACCUGAAAAGGAUUUUUGCAAUGAAAGGAAUUAUAUUUCGGAAGAGAUGAGAGUUCUUCUCUUAACCGGAAAGCCCAAACCAACUGGUGUAUUAGGUGCUGUAAAUAAACCUUUAUCUGCAACUGGAAGGAGACCAUAUAUCCGAAGCGCAGGAUCAGAAACUGGAAGCAAUAAUAGCGUAAACUCUGAACUGAGCUCUCCUGUAGGAAACAGAUCAAGAGAGCAGAGCUCAGACAUAUCAGAAACUGGUGUCAGUGAAAAUGAUGAAAAUCCAGUGAGAAUUAUUUCUGUCACUCCAGCAAAAAUAGAACCUGUAAAGAACAAGGAGAUAAACUCUGAUCAGGCAGCUCAAGGAAAUGUUAGUACUGAGCGUGGGAAGAAAAUAACUGCAACAGCUGCUGGAGCAGAAAAUAUUCAUCAAAAGUCAGAAGAAAAAAAAACAGAUGAAUCGGGCCAGCCUGCCCCUCCCAAACCAAGGAGAGGGCGUCCUCCCAAGUCUGAAUCUCAGGGCACCAUGGCAAAAAAUGCUGAAACAAGUAAACCGUCUGGUAGGGGGCGGAAAAGGGCAGCACCCAGCCAGGAAGGUCCAGGGAGUUUAGAGGCAAGCAAUGCCAAAGCACCAAAACAGCAAGAUGCACCGAAAAAAGCAGUACCUGCACAGAGACAGAUUGAUCUACAAAGAAGCAAGGUGCUGGGAAGUGAUGGAGAGUCAGUGUUGGAGAUAGAAUCAAGUCCUGGAUAUUCUCCAAGUGAAAUGGAUCUUUUUAAGCUUUGUGACACUGAGGAUACAGGCAGCCAGGAAGACACUGAGGAGACAGAACUAACAGAGAGAGGCUUCCUGAAGGUAAAAAGAAAACUUCGUUGCGAGGGGAGGAAAAGGAGGGCCAAAUGAAGGCAUGCUCCAAGCUUCUGCAAAAACCAAGAAACUUCCUGUAUAAGGAACUGAAAAUACUCAGAUCAUACAGCUUUCAGCUCUGAAAACAGAAGGAAAAUCUGCUUCCCUUUCAGAUGACAUUAAUCUGCUGAAACUCUUGAGAGAGGCUAAAAGCAUCUGUACUUAUUUUCCCAGAGACUUUUUUUAUGAAAAGUCAAUAAUUAAGCAAAUUGCUUAACACUUGAUUCCAGUUUCUGCAUAUCUGGAGUUAAAAGUGUUUUACUCCAUAAAUUUUCAUGCUGCAUUUUUUAAAAGAAAGAGUGAGAUCCUUACAGCAAUGUUUUAAAAAAUUCAGACCUAGAAUCAGGUAUUGCCCACCCUUUUUGCAAGAAAAAAAUAGAAGCUAACUGAAAGAAUUUUAAUCCAAGACACAAGGAAAAUACCUGAUUCUCAUCUGCUUUCCUUUUGGAGACUCCUAUGUAUAAUUCUUUCCAGCUAAAUAAGAUGUACAGAUUUUGGUUCCUGCUAUGAAAAGUCACAUAGUGACAAUUUUUAUACAUGUUGCUUUCUGACUUUUUAACUGAGUGGGAGACUAAUCAACUUGAUUGAUUUGCAAGUAGACAUUUCAUCUUUUUUUAAUUUCCCUCUCCAUUUUAGUUUAAUAUAAUUUGCAAUAAAUGUACAUAUUGUUGGUUGUUUUAUAAAAAACAUCACUUUCAAGUGGGUUUACUCCUGUGGUUCUGUUGGAAUAUUCUAAAUUUAAUGGAGUAAAGGCAGCCCAGCAUUUGAUUUUAUAAUGUUUGUCACCAGAUUUUUAUUAUUGAUGUAAAGUAUCAAUUUUUAAAAAUAGUUGGACCUUUGGCAGCUUUGUAAGGAACGUUGGAAAUGUUUAGGAUUGCUCUCAAUUUUAAGCAUUGUGCUGAUUGAAAGUAAGUCUGUUUUACGUUUUUGUCCUCCUGUCCAAGCUCAUUUUUAAUGUUUGAUUUUAGAAGACUUGCAUCAAUAUUGAUUUUUUUCCUGGCAUUGUUCAGCAUACAGUGUGCACUUUUAAUGUACACAUGAUCAUAUUUAAGUUUGUUGCAUAAAAUAAAUGCUUCUAGGUGUCAUAUGGUAUCAUUUUUCUUCCCAGAAAAGUAUAAUUUCUACUUUGCCUCAGCUCUGCAUGGCAUCUCUGUAUCUGUGUAGGACCAUAAAUUUCCUGCUGCCGUCAACACAUAAGAUUUUGACACUUUGGGAAAGUGUGUGUUCUCCAGUGGACCAGAUAGUAGUGUAAAAUACUUGUGCAUCACUCCAUAAGGAAUAGAAAGAUUUUGCAUUGUGAACAGAACCUCUGGUCAUAUUUUUCACAGCAAGAUGACUCUUGUAUUCUGGAGUUUUCAGAAAGCAAAGAGCAUUCCAGUAUUGCACACACCUCUAAGAAACUUAAAAUAUCAGGGAGACGAGAGAAGUUGCAGAUGGUAUAAUGCAAAAUACAUUUACUAAGGUAUGUAGCCAAGAGAUUUCUCAAGUCUAUUUGAGAAUUGUGGUUUUUGAUCUGCUGAAUCAAAAUCAGCCUGUAUUGUAAGGUCUUAGAACACAAUUUCUUGAAACUCUGAAUUUUGCAUUUUCUUACCUUUUAAUAUUUAGCGCUGAUCAGAGGAAUGUAUCAAGCAUCUCUACACCAGAGUUUAAUUUAGGACAGAGGCUAUGAAGAUAGCCAUUAGUGAAUGUGAUCUUGCAAGACAUGUCCUGUACUUGAAGGGGUUUGUACCAACAUCAGGGGGGCUUCUUUAAAUGAUGGAUUACAUCUAGGAGAUGCUAGAAGUCACUGAAACAUUAGUGUUCUAUAUUAAAUUUUGAGUUUAAGAGCUUAGCAUUGGUUAUCAAUCCAAACCUGCCUUCUGUAAUCCCAUGCCCUCCAGAAGUUUUAGGGUAUAACUCCCAUCUACCCCUGCUAGCCAACAGUUGGGAAUUAUGGGAGUUAUAGUCCAAAACAUUGGAGGGCACCAGGUUUGGCAAACCUGAUCUGAGCUAUCUUAAUACCCCAGUGCACAUGCAGAAGAACUUCAGAGCUGCCCAAAUAUACUAUGUUUCUUAAUCUUGUCAGGAUGCUACCAGUCCAGUGUGUGUAGAUCUAAGUCUACCACCAUUUGAUUAACCAAUUUUACUUUCUUGCAGAUGUCAUGGACCACCUCUAGGUGUGCUCCAUGGCGCUUUCCCUAUGUACUGAAGAGAGACCUAAGGACACUUCCAGCAAGGGUCUGGAGUCUGCCUUGAAAAACAGCUUGAGGGUUUUGUGUGCUUUAGUUGAGAGUCCUGCAUUGCAGGGGUUGGACACAGGACUCCAGGUGGGAUCUGACCAGGGCAGAAAAGAGCAAGACUAUCACUUCCCUUAUCAAUUUCCUGUUGAUACAGCCUAGAAUAGCAUUAGCCUGUUUUUUGUUGUUGGAUCACUGUUGACUCAUGCUAAACUAGUGGUUCACCAAGACCUCUGGCACCUUUUCACAUGUAUUCACAUGUUCUACCAGGACUAGACUAUGAGCAUUAUUCCUUUGGGAAAGUUCAUUCUGAAAAUGCGCCCCGAGGAGGGGGGACAUACUGCUGUGUCUGCAAGGAUAUAUAAGCUUGGAGCGUGAUCCUCUAACCCACACCCAUCUUAGUCAAAGAGAUAGUGGUUUAUGCUUGGUCUCAUUUACAACAAAAGUUAAAUUAAUUUUCGCACUGCAUAGCUGGUGGCGCUUCCAUUCUUCUUCUGCUGCUAUCAUACUCAGAGACGAAUUAGAUGUGGGGGGAAAUCUUCCAUUUCUCCUUCCAAAAUUUCAGGCUGUUUCCUUGGGGGAAGACCUAGAGAUAAGGUGGCUGUAUGUGUCCGCUGCUGUGGCAUUUUGAACUUUGUGCCAAGUAACUCAAGGAAGGCACAUCUCAUUAGUACAUGAUGGGGCUUUUUGCUACCCUGGGAUGCUUUGGGAGGAAGAGCGAGAGAUAUAUUUGAAAGAGAUAACUGCAGGCAGCCAUGUGAUCGACCAUAGAGUUGUGUGCAUCCUAGACUUAACCUUUUUUUGCCUCAGCCGAUGCUGCCUCUUGGCAAAACUAUAAGAAUGUUCAAUCAGUUGUGAUUCAGUUGCUCCCAAGAAGCCAACCUAUUAUUGUUUUUCAGUGCCCCAAAGGAUCCAGCAUGCCCCUUUUAUUUGCAACAACUUAAAUGUAAACCUAAAGAUUAAGGAGAAUAUUCUGUCCCCACCCCCACCUCCAAGUGUUUUGGCACACCUCUCUUGGCAAUAGGCACAUGGAGAAGGGGUAGUUUAGGGCUGCCAGGAUAUGAAAGCUCUAUUAUUGUGGAUUAGGAAUGGUUUUGCGUGUGUUACCCAAGGCUCAGCAUACUGGCCACAAUAUGGAAGGUUUCGUAUCUUUUUUGGAAGGAAGUUCCUGCUCUUAAUUGUUUGGCCUGGGAAGAAGAAUGCCUCUGCUGCAGCAGAAAAAUGCAAGUUAGGCUGGUAGAAGAAGUAAUCCCACAGGAUCAAAUAUGCCCUUGCCCUCCCCUGAGCAGAUUUGCAGUAAGAAAAUUCUUACUGCAAAGGUUUUUGGCCAAACAAGUAGUGAGAACAAAGGAGUUUACUAAUGCUGCAAGGAACACUCAAGUAGCAACACCUCAGCCAUCCGUUCAUUUUUAAAAGAUUUUAACAAAGCAUAAACACAACUGGUUGAUUUGCACACAUACCUAUGCCUGCUCCAUAAAAUACAACUUGCUGGUCCAUCUAUCACUCUUGUAACAUAAUGAGACCAUUAUAUCACACUUAAAUAGUGGUACCAUCUCCUGUUCUGGAGAGAUUACCACAAAGUAAAAUGGAAAGCAUUUUCAGGGAAACAUGCAUUUAUUGUUAAGCAUUUGCAGUGGAAAUCAACAUUUUAAAAGUGUAUUAUUUUUUAGAAAAAUGGCAUACAAAAGUGUUGCGUGGCUUUUAUUCUCAAGAGACGCAAACACCAACGUUGCAUUGCAGCCCGCUCACUCACAAUGAAAUGUCCAGUUGAAAGCUUCCUACAAAUAGCCUUUGUCAUCUUGGUUGGGAAGAAAAACAAAACAAAAACCCCACCCAACAUAAAUUGAAAUGGAAAACGGCAACAGGUCAGCAAGGAUCUUUGACAGUACCACUUUUCUGAAAGGGGAGACCCUCUCUAAAAACCCACGUAAAGCACCACAUUGCAAUUUUUAUUAAUGGGCUCCUAUAGUACGGUUGGGUUUUGUUGGCAUGAUUCUGAAUGGUUAUUUCAAACUAGUAGAUUCCUCCCAUUGCAGAGGGACUAACCAGAACUGUCAUACAAUACGCAACUUGCAAGCUUUCAUCCUGUAGGGAAUGGAGUCCUGCGUUUAUUACAGCAAAAAAAUAAAAAAGGUAGGGGCAUUUAAUAGCUCCAAGUAGAAGAGUAGGCCGGUUAAGUAUGGCACUUUAAAAAACCAAAAACCUGAAGGUUGGGUUAUGUAUUGAAAAACCCCAAAUCACUUUGGGAGCAUUAGUCUAACGAGGAUGUAGCUGUGCUUGCAUGUCAAAGCAGAGUGAAUACUGCAGCACUAGUCAUGGCUAUAUUCAACUAUAUUGAAUGUUUUUCCUAUGCUUAUAUUUAUGCAACUAAGCCUUGUUUAGAAAAGUCUUUGAUUGAGACAUUCUCCUUUUGACCAUGAUUUUUGCAGUUAACUGUGCUAAGUUUCCCAGCCUGCCAGCCCACUCAGAAAAACUCCCGUGGAUUAUGGCAACUCAGAGAAACUCCUGUGGAUUAUGGCAAUCAACAGCCAUCAUGCAUUUGUUUACCCAACAAAACUCAAAAUCUGACAGUGGUAACCAUUUAUGAGCCUAUCAAAAGGUCCGUGACAGGAACACGGUUCUUAUCCGAACAAUGACUGCAAAGCCACCAAACCGUUUAAAAAAUAAAACCCCAAAGUCAUUGCCAUCAUUAAGUUGUAAAAUAUAAGCAAACGACAGGGAAGGCAAGGUGCACAUUCCACAAUGUCUAACUCUUCUAUUGAACAAGUUUGAGUUUGCAUAGUUUACUCACUUUGCAACCAUUUGGUUUAUUUGAAGACAAAGUUGCUUUCAACCAGUUUCUCCUUUUAGAUAGAUUGCUGAGGCUUGGACCUCGGAUAUUCCUCUCCAAAGGUAUCAUAAAAUAUCAUUUAAUUACAUUUAUAGAAGUACCUGACUGAUCAAAAUGUUCCAAAAUCAAUGCUUGAGGUAAAAUGCUGCUUAACUGGCUUGUUUUUACAGCACAUGUCACCGGGAGUACAAAUUGUUUUGUACUUUGUCACUUUUUAAUGGCAGCUCAGUAUAGGAACGAAAGCAUGAACUUGGCUUUUUAAAAACCCAGUUAGUUGUGUGGAGUGUUUUUGGCACUUACAAUGAUUUGUUGAGACCCCUGGCAAUGGGAAGGGCAUCUCUUCUCUCUUGUCUCCAUGGGAAGAGCAGUCAUUGGUUAUAAUCUCAGCAUUCAACUGAGAUAAACCAGUUACAACCCUCUGAAUUUGUUAAAAAUCUACGGGUUGCUUAAAAGUUCCCAGAAACAGGUUAUUGCAUGAUCAGCAUCAAUUGUGUGGCGUAGGUGAAUUGUGCAGCAAUUAUUCCACCACAACUGGCACAGCUCACAAUAACUGCAAGGCUGCCUGACUAUUAUUUUUAGAGUAAUGAGAAGUGAAAAAUGAUAUGCUGAAUCAUUAAAGACCAGUAAAUCAAGAUUGAGCUGGGUAGCAGUUUGCAUUUACUCAGCUCAACGGCCUAACAAGCCGUGCACACAUACCUUUAGAAACUGAGAGAAAACUUCCUCUCUCGGGUGCAAUGACAAAAUGACUGUCAUUACACUAGAACCAUGAAGGGAAACCCUACCGGUAGCACCUAUAUGAAUCCUUCCACCAAUACCAAGAGUUUCAUGUAGCCAAGGGGAGAGUCCUAGCUAUUAUAUUUAGCAUAAGCUUUUUCUCCUGUGUUCAAACUUUUUCUAGUCUCAUUUAACACAAUCACAGAAAGCUUCCUUAGAAUGAUUAAUAUGAUCUAGAUGGAAAAGCAGAAGACAUUUCAUUCCAUCUAACCACUUCCACGAUCUUUCCUUUAAUUGCAAAGAACAAGGGAAAACGUAAUCUAUCAGCCAUUUUUACACAAUUACCACCAGGGUAAAACAAAGCUGUAGAUGAACUUGUCAAAAUAUAGACCAUAAAAAAAAAUUACAAACACAAAUGGCAGAUUGCCAGGGUUCUGCUGGUCCUGGCUACUAUUUAACAAAAACUUUGUUGAGUAGCAGCAAAUUGUUAAAAAAAAUAAAUAUAUAUCAAGGAAAAAACAAAAAUCACAUUUCCUUUGGCAUCUGAAAGUGAUUUACAGGACUGCAAGAAAAACCAUACAAUCACUGAAUGCAUAAAUAGGAUGUGAAGAGAUCAACAGUGUUCUGCAUUGCACAGAUACAAACUACAAUUUAUUUUUCUGUGUCCUAAUAACUUGAAUCUAUAGGCAGCUUAGACAUACGUACUGCAGAAAAUAAUUCUGCAUGUUAGGUUCUCAUCUCUUCCAUUCUCUAUUUCACAUUAGAUGCUUAACAGUUAUGCAACAUGGCUGAUUAGCAAAAGUGGUGAUGCAGCUUCUUCAAUUAAAAAAUGGACCGAUUAAAACUUUCCUAUCUACAGUACAGAAGAGUUGGGGGCAGGAAUGGGAAAAUAACCUUGCAGAAUUCUACAUUGACACCGCAUCUCUGCAUUUUGCUCAAAAGCAAUUCCUGAUGCAGUUCUGUAAUGAUAUUACAACUUGCAACAAAGGUAUAAAAACUAAUGAUUUGGAGAUUUUUAGAUCUAUCUGAAUUAAUAGACAGUAUGACUGUAUGUACAUUUGUUUUAGCAGGUACUUCUACUUGCAUUCAAUAUAUUUACAG